CAACAAGCUACCUGUGGUCUUUACAAGACGUCCUCGGUCAAGGGGCCACUGCCAGUGUCUACAAGGCACGCAAUAAGAGGUUGGGUGAGCUGGUAGCUGUCAAGGUGUUUAACACCGUGAGCUACAACCGCCCCCUGAGGUUCAGAUGAGAGAGUUUGAAAUGCUGAGGAAGCUCAACCACAGCAAUAUUGUCAAGCUGUACGCCGUGGAAGAGCUGCCCUCCAAACAGAAGGUGCUGGUGAUGGAGUAUUGUUCAGGAGGAAGUCUGCUCAGCCUGCUCGAGGAGUCAGAAAACGCCUUCGGCUUGCCUGAAACAGAAUUCCUCAUAGUUUUGCAGUGUGUUGUGCAGGGGAUGAACCAUCUGCGAGAAAAUGGAGUGGUACACAGAGACAUUAAGCCAGGCAACAUCAUGCGGCAGGUCGGGGAGGACGGCAAGUCUGUUUAUAAGCUAACUGAUUUUGGUGCAGCAAGAAAGCUGGACGAUGAUGAGAAGUUUAUGUCUAUCUACGGAACUGAAGAGUAUCUGCACCCAGACAUGUAUGAACGUGCUGUGCUGCGUAAGCCUCAUCAGAAGUCCUAUGGGGUCAGUGUAGACCUGUGGAGUAUCGGUGUGACAUUUUACCACGCUACCACUGGGAGUCUUCCCUUCACACCGUACGGAGGACCCCGCAGGAACAAGCCCACCAUGUACAAAAUAACCACAGAGAAGCCUAUGGGGGCAAUAGCUGGAAUACAGCGCGUGGAUGGCGGGCCUAUAGAGUGGAGCUACCACCUACCUCACAGCUGCCAACUCUCACAGGGUCUGAUGGUGCAACUGGUUCCAAUUCUAGCGGGUAUACUGGAGGCUGACCAGGAGAGGUGUUGGGGUUUUGACCAGUUCUUCAAAGCCACCACAGACAUACUGCAGCGUCAGCCAGUUCACCUGUUCUCUCUGCAACAGGCCAUGGCACAUUGCAUCUACAUACACCACUACAACACGGUGUCAAUGUUCUUCGAGGAGGUGGCGUCUCAGACUGGUAUAGCAGUUCAGCUGCAACAUCUGCUGUACCUUGGUCACGACCUCCCUCUGGAGGGCAACAUGAAGGUGGUCAACCUCCCGCCCUCUUCCCAUGACAGGCCCCUGAUUCUGCUCAGCGACGGGCCUGAAGCAAAUACCAGCCUACCCUUCAGAGAACCGGAGUCUCCAGUCAUCCCAUCACGGUUUGAUGUUAUGGCAGACUACAACUUCUCCAAGGUUAUAGUGGGAGUGGUCCACCAGUAUCUGAGGAUAGUACGGUUGCUGCACACUCACAGAGAGCUGCUGCUGCAAGGAUACUACAGCUACAUGAUGAGGUUGCGUAGAGAGUGUGAAGAAGCGUUCCACAGUAUCGCGAUGAUCACCAUUAGACUGCAGUCUUGCCUCAGCGUGGAACACAGGACUCGCACACUCGGCCACUAUGAUUCAGAAAACCAAGGGUUGACUGAUAGCAGGCAAAAGCUGCAUCUGGUGCGUGAGCACUUGCCUAAAUACGCUGGAGGAAUCCAAGAGUUUCAGAGCCGACUGGACCUUCUGCAGAUAGAACAGUCCAAGCUAGCAGAGACGCUGACCAAUGACAAGAGCUGUCAGAAGAUGGAGAUGCUGCUGCAAAAGAUAACGGCAAUUCAUCAGCAUUAUCGUAAAGACAGACAAACUGGCAAGUUGGCAUACAACGACGAGCAAAUCCACAAGUUUGAGAAAAUCCACCUGUCGUCCCACAUUAAGCGAGUGAAAUCUCUCCUUAGAGACGACUGCGUCCAGAGAUACAAAGAGCUUUUGGCCUCAACAAGGACGUGGAGCAGUGUUUUAAUGGAGAUGCAGACCAGACUUCAGGACUUCAGCUCUUUCUCCACAGGCUUGUUGGCAGACCUGGAGAUGAGCGAGCAGUGCCAAUAUAAGGCUCUGGACAGAAUCCUUUUCACUCUGCAGUCCAAUGGAACGGGACAACAGCCUGAAAUUGUCCCAAGGGACAAGGACCAGAUGGUCUCUAGGAUGCACCAUCUGAAGGACGAAAUGGAGAUUUUGGUGAGGGAACUGCAGUGUAACAACAGCAUUAUUGAGGGUCUGGGAACAGUGAGCCCUGCAGCACCUCUGGAGCCGAACUUGGCCAGACCUUCGACACUCUGACAAAAGUGCUGCAUCUUUGCAUCUUAACUCAAAGAACACACACACACACACACACACACUCUGUAGAUAUAACUGCCACUAAUGAACAGCUAUGGACAAUGUGCUGGAUCUUCUUUCAAGGACAGGAUGAUUUCCCUUGCUGUAAGAAGAGGAAGCAGCCGAAGACAAUCGAUAAAAUGUGAAUCUCAAUUUAGAGAUAAGAUGCCCACAAAGGAGAAGGAGGAAAUGCCACUGAUGGAUUUUUAGUCGAGUGAGUGUGUGUGUGUGUGUGUGUCUGUGUGGUUGUGUGUGUGUGUGGCUGGCAUCUGAGUACAGCAGUUCAAUACAAACCUCAUUAAUGCCUUUAGUGUUAUUGUAUUUCUAAUAGGCUGCCACAGUGAUGGACCGUCAGGAUAAAGCAGAUGAAUUCAAAGUCAGCUGCUAGAGUGUUUUUCUUAAGGCUGUGUUUCUUCUUGGUCCCACAGAAGAAGCAAACUGCAAACUCUGGAUAACCUAAAAGGAUUAAUUUAACCAGAGUGACACUAUAUCUGUGUGUGUGUGUGUGUGUGUGUGUGUGUGUGUGUGUGUGUGUGUGUGUGUGUGUGUGUGUGUGUGUGUGUGUGUGUGUGUGUGUGUGUGUGUGUGUGUGUGUGUGUGUGUGUGUGUGUGUGUGUGUGUUUGUUGAAGGCUUGAGACUCCUGCUGUCUUUUCCGGUUGAUCAAUCAAAUGGUUUCAUGUGACUUCAUUUCUAGGUUUCCUCAAAGUAGAUCACUGUUAAUUAAAUGAUUACAUCAUUGAUUUUCAGCCUUUCUAAGAACACAGCACUGUAGUUUUGGAGUAUAAUUUGUCCCUCUUCCUGUUGAUGUUUAUCUUGAAUGAUAAGUUGUUUUUUUUUGGUAUUUUUUCAAAGGUUUCAAUGUAAAGGAGAAAAUAAAAAGUUAGGGAAACUCAGCACUCACCACUGUGUUCUUUUUUACAGAAGUACACAGUCCAGUGACAAUACAGCAAAUAACAGUAUGAAAAAAAUGACAUUAGCCAGUGUGGCUCAACGGUGGGGAAAUCCCAGGGUUUGUUAUUUGUUUAUAAAGGUGUCACGGGGGAUUCAAAAGGUCAGAGAAAAACAAAAAAAGAUAUGCUUUUACUAUACU